UGUAGUGGAUAACCUGAGAGAACAGUCAGGACAGUUGACCUUUCUUUAUUUUUGGCCAUAAAUCUUAAUUUUGUCAAGCGUGUUAGAAUAAUGUGGAGUUUGUGCAUGUUGCUGCUUUUAAAUGUGGUGGCCUCUCAUUGGACUCCCCUUGAAGUUACAGUUAAAUGUAAUCAGCACAAGGGGCCAACAGAGGGUUUUUAUGAGGAUAAAAUUAAUCCGUCUAUAAUAAAUGAUCUGAUCGUUGUCCCUGUGUUGCUAAGAGGACAGAGCUGCUGGACACUCAACACCAGUUGGGCCAUCAGUAUAGACAAUAGCAUCCAAUAUCUCACAGGGACUCAUUUGAUUAUAGAGUUUGAAUCUGAGUACAGCCUGGAUUGUCGCUAUCACCCACGCUUGCACACCGUCGGCCUCAGGAAUGACACACAGCAAGCGUGGUUCCAUCACCUGCAGACUGACUGCAGGUGGAUGUUAGGCAACACAAUUGACGUCACAGCCUACAAUCUUCCCGUCCCACCACAUACGUAUGGAGGAAUGGAUUAUAAAAAGGGUGUAGAAUCCCAAAUCCCUGAUCACUUGCCAGAUGAGCAGCAGAGCAGCUUCGUAUCGCCCGGUGAGGAGAGCCCUUCCAGCCCAGUUGUGAGUGGGAUGCCCUCUUCAAAGAAUUUGACAGCUGAGCCGGAGAGUUCGCUUGCAGGCCCCCUGCUGGUUUAUCUGGGCUUUGGGGCUGGCCUGCUAGCUCUGGUCUGCUUCAUCCUCUAUAAAGUUUACAAAAAAACCUCCCGCUAUGGUUUUUUGCCACUGCCUUAUACUUCCCAAGCACUUGUCUCUGUCCUGGUGAUCUACCCUCCUGAGAACCCUGUGUUCCAGAACGCAGUGGUGUCUUUGGCAGAGUUCCUGCUGAGUAGUAACUGCAGAGUGGACAUCGACCUCUGGCAGCGUGGCCUGCUGGCAGAGAUGGGCCCAAUGCGCUGGCUGGCUCAGCAAGCCGACAAGGCGGACAGAGUGCUGGUUGUCUGUCCGCCGUAUAACCACAACCCAGCCCCCUGUGCACCCCCUUCCGGGCUGGGACACUUGGCCAAUGUUCCAACUGCAGCAGCUUAUGACUUGUUUCCCCUGGUGCUGAAUAUGGUGGCCAGCCAGGCGCUAUGCCCAGGCCAGAUAGACAAGUUCUGGGUGCUGCAUCUAGGCAAAGCCCCGGAGAGCAGUGCCGUUCCUGUGGAGCUGAGGGGCUGCAGAAAGUUCUGUCUCAUGAAGGAUGUGGAGAAGCUGUGCAGGCAGCUCCACAGGCAGCGAGGCGCCAGGGGGAGGUUUACCACAGGCCUGGGGAGGCCUGGGGUUCACAAAGCACACCGUACAAAAGCCACUGACAAGCUGAGCGAAGCUGUGAGAUAUUUAGGGACUAAACCAGGCUCCUCCCAGUCGCAGUUAGGCGUCUCAGUAGAGCUGAAUCAUAUGAAGGAAAAUAUCUAAACUUUGAGCACGUUAUGGCUUACACUUGAUACAGCCCAUGCUGUAUUUUACGUAAUACUUUUGUUUCAUGUUUUAGUGAAGGUUAUAGACUGCAUGGACAGGCAGUGGUAGACAUUCAUAUACAUAGAUAAUGUCUCAGUAUUUAAGAAUUGGCAUGCAAGUGGACAAACCUUUUUCUACAAGAAGCAAUUUGACUCAAUUUGACAAUGUCUUGACAAACCCAUACACAUGGAUGAGGAAAGGGCAAGUGGCCACUUACUCGUACUUGCGUAAAUAAGGAUGUGAGGCCCUCUGGGACAUUGCUCAAAAAAGUGCUCUACAAAUACAUUGAUUUCGAGUAAAGACACCUCUAUAAUCAGAUACUUGAUAUUGGAUUCAAUUUAGAGAGUAACAUAUUUGUCAGCGUUGAACACUUGUCCUCGAUCAAAAAGUGCAGGUCGAACUCUGAGGGUACAAUUAUCUUGGCGAAAGAACUGUUUGGUGUGGUGCUGUCGUCUGGGCUUGUUCUGUAGGUCAGCUUCACCUUGCUGCUCUAAGGGAGUGGGCUGGGCGGUCUCCCUGACCUGGGCCUGUCUCCACAACAGCUAGUCAGACUGAGCCCGACCAAUAAGCAGUGCCUGAUUUAACAUUUCAAAGGCUUACUGUAAGAGAGGUCACCAAAGAGGGUUGAACAAUGUGUCUAAUAUAUGUUCAUAUAGUUGGUCACAUCAUUUUAAACCAGGAAGGCAGCAAAGAAAGUCUGAAGCCACAGUCUUCCAGUUCCAUUCAUUGCUUCCAGAGCCUUGCAGUAAUACCUGAGACAAGGUCAAGUUAAAAUAUGUGUCAGUGGUUUCGCAAUCAGCUUGGCUGCAAGAGCAAAAAGGUUGAAUAUAUAUAAUAUAAAAAGGUUGAAUAUAUAUAUAUAAUAUCUAUCACAGUUUAGUUCUAAGCAUUGUUUCGUCAAAAAGCAUGCAAGUCGUCAUCAGUCGAAAAUAACCUAAAUGAGAACGAAGGUUUACAGACUAUUGGAUGCAUUUUAACUUGUGUGACUGAGGAGCUGUAGACAUUUUGGUCACUGUUUCUUUCUUACUGCCUAAAUGGUACUAGAAUUACAGUGAAUCUCGGGAGUUUCUUGAUUUAAGGGCAUUCCUUUCUCCAGAAUAUGGAUGGAUCUCAUAGUUGGUGUCAGUACAUUAUGUUUGAUGGAAAGUUAAAAUGAUAUAAACUGAUAUUUACUUACAUCUGUAUUUUAGACAUUUGCUGUUGGCAGAACUAUUUGUAAAACGUAUUUUAUAAAUAUUUUACUUGGAAGAGAACCUCAUGAAACAUCCAUUUGUGACUCCAGUAUUUUACUUCUACCCGCAAAAAAAUAAUGUUUUGCUUUUCUUGAUUGAGUCGCAUACAUUUGUCAAUUUCAAUGUAAAACAGUUGACACGCAGCACCAAACUGGAGCACACUCAACAGAUACUUUCAAACCAAAAAAUACAUGACACAAAAUCACUACCUUCAGUCGUUUCACAACGGCCCAAUAAAAACUGUAAACAUA